AUGACAAUGAUAAUAAGGACGAUGCUAGCAGCAGCAGCAGCAGCAGCAGCAGCAACAGCAGCAGCAAUGAUUGAUGAAACAGUAAGAGGUACGACGAUAUCACCAGCUAAUGACAUUGAAAGUGAAGGCGAUUGCCUUCAAGAUGUACAGCGAAAGAAGAGGAAGAAAGGAGUUGGUACGGAAUAUAAGGUGUUAAAAAAGACAGUGAGAGAAGUGGAGGGAGUUGGAGGUGCACUCAAGGGUAUGGCAAGCAACAAGCGUACACCACCGGUAGACACCGUUAACAGUAGUAGUAGUGGUAGUGGUAUUGGUAGUGGCUGCAGUUGUACUACUACGGUGGCUCUAUCGCAAUGUCUUCAUCACCGUCGUCACCGUGGGACCAAUGAGCCGUGCCUCGCUCUCCAAACUUCCCGUCCGUCAUCAUUCAGAAGCAGUCAUGACCUUCUGUUGCGGACUCGAAUAGGCAUAAGAAUUGUAUCACUAAGGACUGCUACACUUUCCACAUCGUAUGUUUGCGACUGUAUUUGUUGA